GAAGCGUUCGGUCGACGCGGGCUGGAAACGAUUCCUUUUACGGACUCGAGUUGACUGAUCAAAGCUCAAACGAAGAAUAAACAGUCGUAUUUCGUUUUUACUGACAAAGUUGUCAAACAAGGCUCAAAGACAGGAAAGGUCACACGCACUCUCCUGAUCUCCCCGUUUCGCCCCCAAAUCCCAUCAACUCCGCCAGAUUGCGAGCGAUCUUCUCGGAGACGGCCUGCGACGACCGCGGGUGCCAGGCGCCAACAACCACCGAGCCUCCUUCUUGUAGUGGAGCAACUGCAGCAGCUGCAGCUGCAACCGCUGCAUAAUAAUCCGUAGCGGCGAUAGUGAGAAAGCCAGAGAAGAGGGGAUGGCCAGCCUGUCCAUCACGGUGAUGACUCUGAACCUGCAUGAGGGGAAUCAGCCGAGCGAGAGCCCUAACAGCUGGGAGAAGCGCCGCGACAUCUGCGUCAGCGUCAUCACCAGUUACUCCCCCACCAUCCUCUGCACCCAGCAAGGAUUGAGGUGCCAGCUGGACUACCUACAGCAGUGCCUUCCUGGUUAUGAGCAAUUUGGCAUUUCAAGAAAAGGUUCACAGGACACCAAUGAUGAAUACUGCACAAUAUUCUACGAAAAAGAGAAGGUGGAGCUUACAGAAGGUGGCACCUUCUGGUUAUCAGAAUCUCCAUCAGUACCAGGAAGCAUUUCAUGGGGAGCAACUGCACCAUGCAUUGCUACAUGGGCAACGUUUCAACUCAAAAGAAUAGAACCACCUGGGUUCAGUUUCCAGAUUGUAAAUACAAAUCUUGAUGAAGAUAGCCCUCGUGCUCGUAGACGAAGUGCUUUGCUUACGUGGCAGCAUAUAGCUUCGUUGCCACCCAAUUUGCCUGUGAUCUAUUGUGGGGGCUUCAACACACAAAAGGAAUCUAUGACGGGACGUUUUUUGCUUGGCAGAUCUAGGGAACAUGGUGUUGUUGGUGAUAUGAGAGAUGCUUGGCCAAAUGCUCGUGUGCGCAAAAAUGUUUCACUGAUACACACAUAUCAUGGAUUUAAAGGGGAAAAACAAGGUGCAGUAGAAUUUCUAAAAUUAGUAUUCAGAGCUCUUUGUCUCUGCUGGGACAGACAAACUCAGGACUUGCAUAUUGACUGGAUACUGUUUAGAGGACGCCCACUGGUUCCUGCACUAUGCGAAGUCAUAAAUGACAAUAUAGAUGGUGUUUACCCAUCAUCACAUUUUCCCAUCUUUGCUGAGUUUUUACUUCCACGCUCAGUUCGCCUAGCCGAGAUGCCUUCAUAGUCAUUGUUUUUAUUCUUAUUGCCAUUUCUUGUUCUCACUAUUGUUCCCCGGCCUUGUUUCCAUUUUGUCCAAAUUGGCCGUUCUAUAUACCCAGCGGGUUGUUCUAGAAGCAUCUCCCGUACCAUGGCAACAACAGCUCGUGCGGUCUGUGAAAUUUUACUGUUGUGGUUAAUACUAUUUCUGUUUCCUUCGCACUAGUCUGCACUUGUUAUGUACGACGCCUUAACAGCCAGGACUGCUGCUAUUGUGCUUGCCUGUCUUCUUUAAUUAUUAAUAAGUUCUUUUUUAA